AUGGCCCGUCUAUUUUUGCUGCAGGAAAUCUGUCUUAGAGUGAUGGGUCAUAGCCCCAAUACCGGGAAAGACACUCGUUCCGGCAAAGGUGUUUUCAGCUUCAGUCACAUAAUCUCAUUGCUGUUUGUAAUAUCCGCAGAGUAUCCAAUGAUAUCGUAUAUAAUGUAUCAUAACGAUGAUAUGGAACUAAUUACGGCCACUUUGAGUGUUGUGUUCACCAAUCUAUUGACGGCCAUUAAAAUAAUAACAUUUCUGGUCUACAAACAAGACUUUUGGCAAAUGAUGCAGACCUUCAGGCAAAUGCAUCAGCAAUCUGUUCAGACAAUGGGAAAACAAGAUGGCUAUGUGACGGAAGCCAACAAUUUGGCGGCCCGUCUGGGCAAAGCGUAUUGCAUUUCAUGUGCAUUUACGGGAUUGUAUUUCUUUUUGGGUCCCAUUGUUAAGAUUAUAAUAAGCAAAAUGCGUGGUACGAUAUACAUACGUGAGUUGCCCAUGAAUAUGAAAUUUCCCUUUAAUGAUGUCGAUAGCCCUGGCUAUGAGAUGGCCUUUGUCUAUACUGUAUUUGUGACCAUUGUGGUCGUGACUUAUGCAUCGGCUGUGGACGGUUUGUUCAUAUCCUUUGCCAUUAAUCUUCGUGCCCACUUUCAGGCUCUGCAGCAGGACAUUCGCAAUGUGGACUUUAUGAAAGCUGAGAAGAAAGUACAGUCAGAGUUAAUUUCAGCGGUGGAUUAUCAUGUCCAUCUUCUUAACUUAUCGACAAUACUUCGUUUCAUCUAUAUGCCCAUUGUGUUUGCACAGUUUCUUAUAACAUCAUUGCAAGUUGGUGUUAUAAUCUAUCAGAUUGUCACGCAUAUGAGCUCGAUUAUGGCCCUAUUGGUAUACUUUUCAUUUUUUGGUUCCAUAAUGCUGCAAUUGUUCAUCUAUUGCUACGGCGGAGAGAUCAUUAAAGUUGAGAGCCUUCAGGUUAGUGUUGCUGUUCAGAUAUCCAAAUGGCAUUUGGCCAAUCCGAAGCAACGUCGUUUCUUGGCCUUCAUCAUGUUACGUUCCCAGAAAGAAAUGCUUAUCAAAGCCGGCUUUUAUGAGGCUUCUUUAGCCAAUUUUCUAUCGAUUUGUCGGACUGCUUUAUCUUUUAUAACACUGAUUCAAUCUAUUGAAUGA